GGUGAGGACCGCAGGCUGCUUUUCUUUUGCUUUUCUUUGCGGUCAUUUCUGUGGAGCACGUCCGCCUGUGCGCCCUCUGAUCUCCGCUGAGGAGGAGGAGGAGGAUGUCCUGCAGCGGAUCUUCUGCGGGACUGGGCUGAUAAAGACUCCCUCUGCUCGCUUCGGAUCUCUGGACACCGACAAAAAGCUCCAUGACCCUGCCGUGAAGACCGAGUCAGCACAUCCACAAUCCUGCAGUUCUCAGUCCCGGCACGAUGGGGGGCUCAGUCUGCGUUUCUCAGCCCGCCACUGCAGCAGCGUUCAGAAGCUUUAUCACAGUUCUGCAUCUGACUUUACUGCUGCUGGCGGUGAGAGUCGACGGCCAGCUAAUGGGAAGCCCGCUGGACUGUCACAAGACCUGCGUGUGCGCCAGCAACAUCGUCAGCUGUUCCAAGAUGAAUCUAACAAACGUCCCCCUCGCUCUGCCCAAAUACACAGCCGUCCUGGACCUCAGCUUCAACGCCAUCACCAAGCUCCGAGCUGAGUGGACCCCCGACCAUCUCAGCAGACUGCACAGUCUGCUGCUCAGCAACAACGGCCUCACCUUCCUCUCCUCUGAGGCGUUCAUCUACGUGACGAAGCUUCGUUACCUGGACCUUUCCUCUAACGGCCUCCGUCUGCUGGACGAGUUCAUCUUUGAGCCGCUGGAGAAUCUGGAAGUGCUGCUUCUGUACAACAAUCACAUCUCUCAGAUAGAUCGCACUGCCUUCUCUGGCCUGGACAAGCUGCAGAGGCUCUAUCUGAGCCAGAACUUCAUAACAAGGUUCCCCUUGGAGCUGGUGAAGGAGCGAAGCCGGCUGCAAACUCUUAAACUCCUUGAUGUUUCCUCCAACCGAAUUAAAUCGCUGCCCCUGUAUGAGCUGCAGCUUCUGCCCGCCUGGAUCAAGAAUGGUCUGUAUUUCCACAACAACUCGCUGUCCUGCAGCUGUGACCUGUAUGACCUGGUGGCACGCUGGCACCUCAAGGAGCUCAGCUCUGCCACUGACUUCAAGAGCAAACACACAUGUGUGAUACCAGGCCAGCGGAAGGAAAAAAUGGCCAUACUGGAUCUGGAUAAGGCCUAUUUAAACUGCAGUGAGGUCAAAACUCUGGACGAAGUAGCAUAUCUGGAGCAGUACCUGGUGCUGGACUGUGACACCAGGCAGAGGGACAUGGAGAAGAGAUGGACACUGCCAGGAAACGUCACACUGUCUCCGGCAAACAAGACUGCUGUGUUGCGUUCUGACGGAAACCUGCAGAUUGGUCCCCUGAAGGUGGAGGACUCAGGGGUCUACACCUGCUAUGCUACAAGUGAUUCCUUCAAUGAGACGCUGUAUAUAACGGUGCUGGUCUAUAACAGCACCGUGGCUGGUGGACUGGAGAACCUAAAGACGGCCUACACCACCCUGGUAGCAUGUCUGGUCAGUGUCGUCAUGGUUCUCAUCUACCUCUACCUCACACCCUGUCGCUGCCCCUGCUGUCCGGGUCAGGGUCUGGAGAAAAGCGAGCCUGGACAGAGCCUCCACUCCUCAACUGUCAGCCUGUCUCAGGCGCACGAGGAGACGCCGCAAGAAAAAGCAGAAGGCGGAGGCUUCCCCUACAGACACGUGGCCUUCCUGGAUCCCAAGGAGCAGAUGGAGCAGAACGGGAGGCUGAAUCCGAUCGGUGAGGAAGAUGAGGAGUGGCAGGGGGACAGCUCAGAGAGGAGGAGGUCUGAUGCCGAGUCUGUCAGCUCCGUGUGCUCCGACACUCCCAUGGUGGUGUGAAGGCCAUCAGCAGAGCCUGCAGGGUGAGACGCUCAUAGACACAACUUCUCUGUAGCUCUGGACGUGUGCAGGAAGCGUCCUCCACACAAAGCUUCAGCUGGUGGUUUGGUGGCAGCAGCAUGUACUGUUAAUACCAAUAAACUGCAAGGUCUCGAUAAAAGCCAUUCUAAGCCCAAAAACAAACUUUCAAUGCCUAAAAACUGCAGUUAGAAUACUUUAUGACUGACGGACGGUAUUUCAAUAAAUGCUUUUAUCUGAUCCAGGAUUGAAAAGCAAACGGUCACUCUUACAUUCUUACAUGAAAUUGCAAAAAGUACGAUUUAUGAAGACAAAAAUAACCAUAUAUCUGUCAGGGGACAUCACAGAUUCAUAUUCAGAAACGACUUUGCUGUGCAGCAGGAGCUCGAAAUAUUGUUUGCAUUUAUGAUGCAAGUCCCUAAAAAUAUUCUCACAGAGGAGAACCUCUAAUUACCGAGAGCAUGAAAACCUAUUUGAUGUUAUCCUCAGUUUCCUUUGCUUAUGAAUAUCCAGAGGCUGCAUGUUAACACAGCGUUUUAUGUGCCGGGAUUGUGACGCUACGGAGAUGCUGAAGUUUUAAAAACGACGGACAGAAGCGGCUGCUUAAAAGAGAAGCUGUUUUAUUUUAUGCAAAGCUUGCAGAGCUCACUUAAUUAUUCCUGCAAGAUAGAUCGUUCAAUAUUUAUGCUAUAUGUUACAUUCCUGUUUGGUUUGGUUGGCCUUCACAGAACAUGAUGCAGGGCUCAUGCAUUUCUUUCACAUCUGGGCGUGGUUUCAUGUGUUGAUUGUGUUUACUGCUUCGACUAAACGUCACAUUCAGGUCUUUUUAACGUCAUUUCAGACUCAACACAACUUCAUUAAUGGCACGAUGCUUUUAUUAUAAUUUACUUUAGUCUGAUUUAAAGCAGCUCUAAUGUGAUUUACAUUCGUUAAAAUUGUGUCGACGAGGAGUUAAAGAUAAACCAAACAGUUGUUCAUAUUGAUCACAGCGACACAUUCUCACUGUACUUAUUGUUUAUUUACCUGUGAAAGCAUAACUAUGAGCUGCUACCCGGCACAUGUAAGUUCAAUUUAGACAGGUGUAAGAGUAUUUCACCUAAUCUACAAUAAUUCCCAGGAAAUGCAGCAUUAAAUAUUCAACAAAGAUCCAUUUUUAAUGUUGUUGAGAUUUAAUUAAUGAGAACAAUUUGCGUCCAAAGAUAUAAUUUUUGAACAAAAUGUCCGAUCCCCUCCUGGUUUCAGAAUGUGUUCUUAUUCUAACCACCUGAUCAGUGUUUAUGCAUGAAUGCAGUCUGUGUGUGUGUGUGUGUGUGUGUGUGUGUGUGUGUGUGUGUGUGUGUGUGUGUGUGGUGUCAGCAGAAUCUGGUCCACCGGCUGAACGUAUCACAGUUUCUGCUUCACAAAGUCAGCAUUGCAAUAAGCUAAAGCUCGUUUAAAUCCUACAAAAAACAUUCCACAAGACAAUAAAGUCACUCAGCUGUCAGUGCAGCUGCUGCAGGAUUUGCGUCCUGAUGGCCUCCAUCCUCUGAGACGCUGCUUCUCACUCGUUUCUCCUUUUUGACAAUAGAUAAAUGCAGCCACCUCUUUGCAGAACAACUCACGGCUGAGCUGUGAGUAGUUUAAUGAGACUGAAGAGUUUGGAGGAAAAAAAGUCAUUCAUAACACAAAAUAACUAAAGAUUGUAGAAGAAAAUAAGAAUCAUUUUGCUGGGACUGAUUUAUUUUUCUUAUUCUCUGCACCAGUGAACAUCUCACGACCGUUUAGAUUCAUCGUACAACACUCUGUUUGGAAACCACUGCUCGAAAAGAAUUAAUAAUGUUUAAAUAUACAUACUAUAAUGUCACUUGUUUGAUUUUCAGGGUUUAAAUCACACUAACGUUACGACUCAGUAGUAUGUUGGGUGUGAGUUACAGACGAGCAGCAUAAAUGCGCAUCCCGCCACACUGGACGGCUAAUAGCAGCCGGGAAUGGUGGUCCAGAGGGGAAACCAGUGAGAGCGAGUCCCAUCCACUGCAUGCUUCUGGGCAUUAGAGCCCAGCCCUGAGCAAAUCAGCCAAUGACAGCCAGCCAGCCAGAAGUCUCAUAAACACAGUCAGAAAUAGCAGCGAGCAGCGCAGCCAGCACACAGGCCUCCUGGCUGUCUGGCUCAGCUCAAAUGUAAAUAUGGAGGGAGCAGUUUCUCAAUCAGACGUCUUCAUUUUCAUUUCCAAAAUACCUUCAAGUCAAGUCGAGGCUCAUGUUUGAACUUGAAUGGAAUCACCACAAAAGUAUGGUACAUGUAUGAGUAUAAAUCAGUGACGAUCAAGAAAUAGAGUGAGGUGUAAAUGCAGUUUUUACUAAACUGAAGUCACUCUGGUUCUGUUGCUGAUAAACGAGCGACACGAUUUACUGUUGAUGAUGAAAUAUACUCACAUAAAUGUCUGACGUGUUCCUCCAACUGUUCAGGAUCACAAGAUGUAGCAAUGUGAAGUCAAUGCACUUUUUCUUUUUUAAUCAGAAGAACAAUAAUAUAUUAAUCUCUCACUUCUCAUGGUGCUUUUUGGGGGAUAAUUUAGGUGAAUUCACGCCUUAAUUAAAUGUGUUGUGAGAACAUUGUGAGCGUCGUCUAGUAAAAAUAAUAACGGUGUUAGUAUGUAGGAAGUAAUUACGUCUUUCAAAGGGUGUCGGCUUUGUCAUAACGUCUGUUUGUUUCCUCUGAAGUCACUUAUAAUAACCAAAGACUGAGUUCCGUGUUGAGCGUUCAUAACCUACAUGUUCAGUGUUUACAGCCUCGUUGUCACGCGUGUGUGCGUCCAGGUCACCUUCCUGUGUUUAGUCACAAACAUAUGUUUUAAUAUAUGCAAUCCUGUAUAAGGACUUGAUGUAUUUUCAUUUUUGCUGUAUUAUUGUGUUGUUCCUGUGUUUCCUAAACAGUAUAAAUAAACGUGAAUAAUGUCGGCUGUA